AUGAUACUUGAGAUAGAGGUUGACGGUGAUUUGAGUGGCAGUGAUGACGAAGGCACUCAGAGGAGAGGGAACAGGAGACAGGGAGCUGGAAGAGGAGGUGCAAGGGGAAGAGGCCGGGGGAAAAAACCAGCCAGUGACGGCGAAGACGAAGAUGAUGAAGAUGAAGCUCCCAGGGGACGCAGGGCAGCAAACAAGAAGAAGCCCACCAAGAAACGUGGGGGUGGCAAUGAUGAUGAUGAUGAGAGCGAGGACGAGGCUCCCAAGAGAGGGCGAAAAGGAGCAGCCAAUAAGAAGAAAGGAGGCAAAGCUCAGGACAGUGAUGAAGAGGACAGCGAUGUGGGGAAGGGAAAGAAGGGAAAGAAGGGAGGGGGGAGGAAAGGAGGGAAGGAAGAGGCGGACAGUAAGGGUAAAAAGGGGGAUGCCAAAGGGAAGGACAAGGGGAAAGACAAAGACAAUGACAAGGACAAGAAGAAAAAGAAAAAGGCCGACAGUUCAUCUGAUUCCAACUCAGACUCUGAUGAGGAGGAGUCCUUGUCAGAGGGAGAGAUGGCCCGGCUGAUGGAGGAGGUGGAGGAGAAGAAGAAGCUGAUUGCCACCAUCAGGAACAAGCCGUGGAGAAUGAAGCGGAGGCUCAUGAACCUGAGGGAGGCUCAAGGAUUUGUGGAUAAGUUUGAGGGAGCUCUGGGCAAAGGAAAAGGCAGGAAGUGGUUCGCCUACAAAGUGAUGAUGAAAAAGAAAUGGAUCAAGUUCCAGAGGGAUUUUGAGAAUUUCAGAACAGCAUGUAUCCCGUGGGAGAGGAAAAUCAAAGAGGUGGAAAGUCACUUUGGGUCAUCUGUGGCGUCUUACUUUAUCUUCCUGCGCUGGAUGUACGGCAUGAACCUGGUCCUUUUUGGUUUCACUUUUGGACUGAUGGUGAUCCCUGAGGUUCUGAUGGGCCUUCCCUACGGGUCCAUUCCCAGGAAGACUGUGCCCAGAGCAGAGCAGGACACCGCUCAAGACUACUCUGUCCUCAUGGACUUCAACGGCUACUGCAAAUAUUCAGUCCUGUUCUACGGCUAUUACAACAACCAGAGGACCAUCGGCUUGCUAAAGUUCAGGCUGCCUCUGUCCUACCUCAUGGUCGGGAUCGGCACCUUCGGCUACAGCCUGAUGGUCGUGAUCCGCACAAUGGCCAAGAACGCUGAUGUCGGAGGUGGUGAUGGAGACGAAGGGGAGUUCACAUUUGCCUGGAAGAUGUUCACCAGCUGGGAUUACCUCAUUGGCAACUCAGAGACCGCUGACAACAAAUACGCCUCCAUCACCACCAGCUUCAAGGAGUCCAUCGUGGAUGAGCAGGAGAACCAGAAGGACGAGAACAUUCACUUGCGGAGGUUCCUCAGAGUCAUGGCUAACUUCUUCAUCACUUGCAGCCUUGGCGGAAGCGGAUACCUCAUCUACUUUGUGGUGAAGAGGUCUCAGGAGUUCGCUAACAGGACCGACCUCAGCUGGUACGAGAAGAACGAGUUGGAGAUCAUCAUGUCUCUGCUGGGGCUGGUGUGUCCUCCUCUGUUUGAGACCAUCGCUGAGCUGGAGGACUACCAUCCUCGAAUCGCCCUCAAGUGGCAGCUCGGACGCAUCUUCGCCCUCUUCCUGGGAAACCUCUACACCUUUCUGUUUGCCCUGUUUGACGAGGUCAACACCAAGCUGGAAGAGGAAGAGUCCAUUAAGAACGCCAGCAUCUGGGCCAUGAAAGAGUACUACGCCAACUACACGCUUCUGCUCAACGGCACUGAUGCCACCCCACCCCCCAUGAGCCCUGCUGAUGUCAUCAGAGGACCCUGCUGGGAGACCGCCGUUGGCAUUGAGUUUGUGAAGCUGACAGUGUCGGACAUCCAGGUGUCGUACCUGACCAUCCUGAUCGGUGACUUUGCUAGAGCUGUCAUUGUUCGCUUCCUCAACUACUGCUGGUGCUGGGACCUAGAGGCUGGAUUUCCGUCAUAUGGAGAGUUUGACAUCAGUGGUAAUGUACUUGGACUGGUUUUCAAUCAAGGAAUGAUCUGGAUGGGUGCCUUUUAUGCUCCUGGGCUGGUCGGCAUCAACGUGCUGCGCCUCCUCAGCUCCAUGUACUAUCAGUGUUGGGCUGUCAUGGCCACCAACGUCCCACACGAGAGAGUCUUCAAGGCCUCCAAGUCCAACAACUUCUACAUGGGUCUGCUGCUCCUCAUCCUCUUCCUCAGCCUGUUACCUGUCGUCUACACCAUCAUGACCCUGCCGCCUUCAUUUGACUGCGGACCCUUCAGUGGGAAGGCGAAGAUGUUUGAUGUGAUCAUGGAGACAAUCGACCUGGACCUGCCAGCCUUCUUGGGGACGCUUUUCAGCUAUGCAGCCAACCCAGGCCUCAUCAUACCAGCUGUACUGCUCAUGGUACUGGCCAUCUACUAUCUGAACUCAGUGUCUGAGGCGUAUCAAACCGCCAACAUGGAGCUGAAGAAGAAGAUGCAGAUGGCUCGGGAUGAAGAGAAGAACAGGAGGAACAACACGGACAGCACCAACCAGGUCAUGAAAGACCUGGAGGACCUGCUACCAAACCGAUCCCUCAUGCCCCCUGCUCCUCCACCAGAGCCUGAAAAGACGGCAGAGCCAGCAUCAAAGCCAACUAAAACAAAGCCUGGGUCAGCCGGUAAAGGAGUUAAUCUGGAGAGAGAUGUGGCUCUGGCAUCGCCCAACCCCAACGCUCGAGGGCCAGUGAACCGGGUGCCCGGGCCAAGAGGACCUGGUCAAAUGCCUGGUCCUGGACCCGGCCGGGGCCGAGGCCGUGGGAGGGGGCCCCCUCCGAGAUAA